UGGCCGCUAUGGCCGGUGCUGCGCCUAUCUGAAGCCAGGAGCCAGGUGCUUCUUCCUGGUUUCCCAUGAGGGUGCAGGGACCAAAGCACUUGGGCCAUCCUCCACUGCCCUCCCGGGCCACAGCAGAGAGCUGGACUGGAAGAGGAGUAACCGGGACUAGACCGGCGCCCAUAUAGGCUGCCGGCACCACAGGCAGAGGAUUAACCAAGGCACGUAAUAUUAAUACAGAACAAGGCCAGAACAUGUUGGAAUUCUUACAAGACUGUUUUGAAGAAAGAAGUCUUGCUAAUGAUUUUAGCACAAAUUCUACAAAAUCAGUGCUUUGUUCAACACCCAAAGUAAAAGACAGUUGUUUUCAGUCACCAGGCAAAGAGAUUCAAAAAUCAUGUCCAAAAUCAGUUCCAGCUUCUUCAAAGAAGAAAGAAGACUUUUUGCCAUGCUUUGAGGAACCAAGUAAAACUUCCAGCAGAUCAGUUCAGGCUCACGAAGUUCAUCAGAAAAGUCUGGCAACUGAUGUUGGUUCUAGAAAUACACCGGACUCGAAAAAAAUAUCCAGUAGAAAACAAGAUGAUUAUGAGAGUGAAUCUGAUGAAGAAUUUUAUUUAUCUGUUGGCUCGCCUUCUGUUGUUUUGAGUGCAAAAACAUCUACAUCACAAAAUGCUAUUCCAUCUGUUGCCCAAAAGAGGGAGACAUACAUUUUUGAAAAUUCAGAAAAUAUGCUGUCUUCAAGUACAGAGAUUUCUUUGAAAACCAAAAAAAGGUUAAACUUUGAAGAUAAAGAUAUUUUGAAGAACAUAGAAAUAGAGAAUGAAGUGUCAGAAGUUGAGGAUAAAAUAUCAGAGAGACAAGAAAGGAAACAAUCAGAAACAUCUCAGAAAAGAGUACAAGGUUUGGAACUUGAAAUUCAACCACAAGCUACAAAGAGGUUUUCUACCUUGUUUUUAGAAACUGUAACAAGAAAAAGUGAAUCAAGUCCCAUUGUUAGGCAUACAGCAACUGCUUCACCUCAUUUGUCGCCUCCAAAUGAUCCGAAAUUGUUAGAAGAUGAAUUUAUAAUUGAUGAGUCAGAUAGAAGUUUUGCCAGUCAUUCUUGGAUAUCCAUACCAAGAAAGGCUGGGCCUCUGAAGCAACGCUCAGUAUCCCCUGCUGAGAGCACUGCAGUCCCUCAAGUUAAGAAGUCAAAAGAAAAACAUCACAAUGUAUCACCUACCACUUUGACACAUGACAACCAUUUGCAUGGAUCUCACCCAGUAGAGAAAUCUCUGCCCUGUGAUGACAAAAAACAAGGAAUGAGUUGUGCUUUGAUGGAUGAAGUCGAAAAUAAUUCUAGAUCUACAAAAUGUGAAACACAUUCCAAGAAUAAAGGAAAAUCAUCUGGAAAUAAAAAGACUGUAAAACAAAAAAAGAAAAGAAAAAUUAAGGACAAUGUAGUUGAAGAACAGCUUGAUAUGGGACAAUCUAAAGAGGAAAACAUAAAUGCACAUAAAAAACACAUUGCACCCAAGUUACAAAGAAGUUCAAGCAGAAACAUGAAAGACUGUGAAGAGAUGAGAAAUGAUCAUAUUUCCAAAAAGGUACCAUCUGUUGGAAGCAAACAAAAAAAAUCCACCAAAAAACAAGAUAAACAAGAAUCUAUAAAGAAACACUCUCCUAGUGAGUCGAAGAACAAACUUGUACCUGAGGAAGUGACAGUGACUGUCAUGCGAAGUCGAAGAAUUUCCAGGCGUCCAUCUGAUUGGUGGGUGGUAAAAUCGCAGGAGAGUCCUGCUUAUAGUGAUUAUUCUUCAGUAAGAAAUGAAUUAUCAGUGCAUCACAACAGUAGACAAAAACCUGCUAAGACAAGAAAUCAGUCAUCUAAGAAUAUUGGGAAAAAAGCUAUCCCACCCAAAAAACAGAAGACACCGACUCAAGGCAGCUCCAGGGCACAGAAGGUUGUACAAAAUAAAGGUUCUGGAGGUAUCAGUGUCCGUGGUGAAAUUCCCGAUUGUUCGCAGAAUAAUAAGCCAAUGAAAAGUGAUGAAUCAGACUUGGCCGCCAAGAAAAAUCUCAGUUGUUCUGGAUCUGUGGAAAGCUCAAAGGAACAAGAUGGUAUCAUGACAGCACAAAAUGUUGGUCUAAAAUCUCAGAGCAAUGACUGUACAUGCAAAACUCCCACAGGGUUUAAUUUGGAUUCUGUAGAGCCUAAGCCAUUGGUUUUGGAAGAAAGUGGACCUACCAGGCUCAAGAAUAAUUUAAUGUCUAGAAAGAAAAAUUCUGAUGUGAAUGAUGAAGACGUUCAGGAUAGUUUAGAUUAUAAAAGAGUAAAAAGAUCUCAAGUGACACCAGAGAAGAAAGUACAUCACAAAUUAGUAUUGCCUUCCAACACACCAAAUGUUCGCAGGACCAAGAGAAUACGUUUGAAACCUUUGGAAUACUGGCGAGGAGAGCGAAUAGAUUAUCAAGGAACACCAUCAGGAGGACUUGUGAUUGGUGGAGUACUAUCUCCAGAUGCAGUAGUACCUAAAAGGAAAGCAAAAGGAAACAUAGAAAAAGUCAACAAAGUAGCUAAUGGGAAAAGGAUCUGUCUUGAUAACACUGAAAGAAAGAACAGAUUAAUGGUAAAUCUAGAUAUACCUCUAGGAGAUCCUUGUCAACCAACAAGGGUAAAGGAUCCAGAAACAAGAGAGUUUAUUCUCAUGGAUCUUAUAAGGCCACGAGAUACCUACCAGUUUUUUGUUGAGCAUGGUGAGUUGAAAGUAUAUAAAACAUUGGAUACACCCUUUUUUUCUACUGGAAAAUUAAUAUUAGGACCACAUGAAGAAAAGGGAAAGCAGCAUGUUGGCCCAGAUAUAUUAGUCUUUUAUGUUAAUUUUGGUGACCUUUUGUGUACGUUACAUGAAACACCUUAUCUAAUAACUACUGGGGAUUCGUUCUUUGUUCCUUCAGGUAAUUAUUACAACAUCAAAAAUCUCCUAAAUGAGGAAAGUGUUCUUCUUUUUACUCAGAUAAAAAGAUGAAAAAUGAAGCCAAUUUAAAUACCUGUAUGUAUAUAUGUAUAUGGAUUUAUGUACACAUGUAACAAAUGUUUGUAUAGUUGGGACAAUUACCUUUGUGUUACUUGUGAUAUUUUAAAAUAAAAAUUUUAUUCAGUUUUGUGUAAACUUGUAUUAGGUAAACAUUUUAAACUUCUACAUGUAGCUCCCAAUUUUUCCAUAAAUAUACACAUGACCUGAGGUGAUGCCUAUUUUUAUGUUAUUUUGAUAAUUUGAAAAGAAUACCAAAAUCAUUGCUCCCACAAUGAAAUACAUGGUGUUUCAUUGUGAGUGACUACUGACUUCAAUGUUUAUUCCUUUAUCAAAAUAUUUUCUAAGUAUUGGUUUUAAGUGAUUGAUCAUUAAAUGAUCUAAUAGUAGAGACCUGUGAUAAAUGGUAUCUCUGUAUUAGUUUCCCAUGGCUGCUGUACCAAAAUAACUACAAACUUCAGACUACAAAAAUUUAUCGUCUCAGUUCCAAACAGUAGAAGUCUGAACUCAAGGUGUAAUCAGGCCUCUGAUGUUUCUGAAACAUAUAGGGGAAGACCCUUCCUCCUGUCUUCUGAACUCCUGGUGGUUUCUUGGCAGUCUUUGGCAUUUCUUGGGUUGCAGCUGCAACGCUUCCAUCCUUGCUUCCCUUGUCACGUGGUGUUCUUGCCUCUUGUUUCUGUCUUUGCACAGCACCCAUGCAACUAUUAACAUGUACACACUUUUUCAGUGGUCUUUUUGUUGAUAGUUUCCGCUGGAGGUGUGUUCUUUGCCAUUGCUUUUUGUGUGGCUUUCUUUUUCUUUUAAUGUUAAAAUGAAAUACUAUAAUAAAUAAAUUAAGCGAAUGGGUCUAAUCUUCAUUUUUUGAAUAGAGAUAUAAGCUAUUCACUUUGAAGAAAUUUAUAAUUCAUGGUAAGUUAUCCUUAGACUAACCUAUUUUUCAAGUCUAUUUAAUAAAUAAAAUAUAAAUAUUCAAAACAGAUUUAGGAGUGGGGUAUUAAGAGAAAGGUGAUAAAGUUUUGUGUGUUUUUCUUUUAGGCCUUUGCUUUUAUUUUAUUUCCCUGCCUUGAAAAUGGAGAGUUGUUUCUUUUU